AUGCUGCCGGAUAAACGAAUAAUUGCGAUAGCAGCAGCGAUUAUACUAGCUGUGGCUUGGAUAUUUUAUGUUGCAGGCAACGCUGCUCCGUCAUGGGGUCAACAAGAUUCUGUACGAAUCUUACUGGAUCGAAUGCCUCGACUUUAUUCGUUAAGAAUCAAUAAACGUUUUGUUUUACAUUUGUUACAAUCAAAAAUUACUAGUAGAUCAAUUGGUCGCCUUGAUUUAAUGCAUAGUUCGGAUUGGGGAUAUCUUGAGAAUAUAGAACUUUCUUUAUUGGCCAAUUCGCCAUUAGGACGUCAAUGUGAAGUUCUUUUAAUAAAAGUCUCAGUUCGAGAAAAUAUUUUUGAUCUUAUCAAUACAAUGCCAAAUCUUCGAGCAUUAACAUGUUCGAUUAUUUCACUUCAACAAGUGAAGUCAAAUGAUGAUGAAGCAUCAUCAUCGAAUAUGAUCAAGUAUGAUCUUCUCUGGUUACAAAAUUAUUUGUCAUUUACGUCUUCUAUUCAUCUGAAACCUCUACGUAAAACAAAUAUUCAAUUAUGGAUUCAGUAA